CAAGAUUCGGGCUGGUUACCCCACACCUGCCUUUGUCCCUUGUACGUUAAAUCUUGCAUGUCGCAGUUGGUAUCAUCGGGUUACCAGUGGCUUUGAUCUCGCCCGUCUUUUCUCCUCAAACACAGCCCAUCGGACACGCAGAUGCCCGGCAAUAAAUACUGGUAAUCAUACCAGGUCUCGGUCGCCAAGUCAAUAUCCAUCCCUCUUAUGAGCAAAUGCCCAUGUGCUGAAAAGCCUCGGCAUCGUUGAAGCUACCCCGCUGCGAUAAGACACCCUUCAUCGUAUGAGCUGUGUCAGCUCUCAACACAAAUAACGAUCCCAUAAUCACGUAUUCAGCACGCCUUACCAUCGACGAGUGCAUUAUGUCAUCCACAGCAUCUGAAGCAGCUAAAGCAAUGACAAAACUGUCAAUCACCCCCACAUCAUCGGCAUCAAAAGCGAAGUCCAAGAAAAAGCAGGUCGUAGCUGAUUCCUGGGAGGACGAGGAGAGCAGCGCGUCCGAGGCUGAGACAGAACCCCCGACACCCUCCAAACCUGACAACACUACUCAAGCCGGCGUGGCCGCGCCCCCUCCGACCCCUAUAUCUCCCUCAUACGGACGUCAUGGGCCGGACGGGAAUAGCACGCCCUGGGUGGCGAGCAAUAGUACUGCCGGUGGGAGUUACGGCUACCGAGAUGCCCAGGGUGAAGGCGGGGUGAGACGGCCUGAAAAGACGGAUGCCGUGGCCAGGCGCAUGAUUGCUAGCGCUCUGGGCGUGCGGGCGCCGAAACAGACCGAAGAGCAGAAAGCGUACGAUCGCGCCGUCCGCGAGAAAGAACGCAAGAAACGGGAAGAGGAGCGAGAGGUCGAACGGAGCCGGGCGCAGGAAGCAGAGAAAGCUAAAGCUGCCAUCUGGGAUGAUUGAGGUGUGCUUUAUGGUUCGUACGUGGAUGAACAGGCAACAACUAGACUGGUUUCCGCGAAUCUGGGAUCAAAAUGGAACACCUAUUGAGCCCAGGUUCUACCAGACCAUGGCUUGUAUGAUAGAGGUUUGAGAAGCUCCGUCGGCUCCCAGUGACGUCGAGAAACAUAUCGUGGGCGUUCUUUAGUAUUACCUUGUGAUUAGGCGCUGGUGUUAUUCGAUUUCAAAAGGGUACGGGUAUUAUGACGGAAGCCGGUGCAUAAUGUACAAUCUAUAUCUACAUUUCCUAGUAUGGAGUCCGUCCUUACUAGUAACAUA